ACUAAUUAAGCACAGGGACAACAUUACCCUUUUUAAUAUAUGUUUAUGCUAGAAGCUGUAGGACGAUCAGGGCUUAAGUUGUACUAAAAGAAGAAUCAGAAUGGAAAAGCGUUUACCGAGUUGGAGGGAGGGAAAGCGAAUGUAAGAAUAAACCUUAAUAGAUGUAUCAUGCUUCACUUUACUUCCAGUGUUUCAUGUAGGAUAUUUUAAUGUAAGUACAGCACUAUCCAUACUGAUGGUUUCUACUUUAAUGUCCCAUACUGUAGUCACAACUGAAGGAAUGUGGGGUUAUUACCUUACUUGCACUCACCAUAUAAAAUUUAACUUAAAAACACUACAAAAAUCUUAAUCCCCUGAAAUGAGAAUAUAAAACAUAAAGUUCACUCUUCCUGAAGAAAUUCUAUGUCUUUUUGAAAGUUACAGUGAUCUCUGUAAGCGUAUAACUACACAGUAUGUCAAACAUGUAUCAGUAAUGAAAGUCAGAAGAAGGAAGCAGCAUAAAUAUAAUAUCUGUGAAACAAAGUGCAUUACAGGCAUAUUACUGCAAUGUAAACAAUGUAAUUUACUAAUUCAUCAGCACUGUGCAGCAUUCAUAGAACAUACAAAAUAUGUGCACUCUGGUACAUAGCACCAUCCAAUGAAGAAGAGGCGAGACAAGUGGUGAGGAAUGGUUGACCAUGCCCAUUCUGCUGUUCAUUUAGGGACACAUUCAGCUUCAGUAUGCCAGCAGCAAUGGAGCCGAUAUGUGAGGAGACAAUGCAUAAAUGAACUAAGAGCACAAAUGAAGCCAUUCAAAUUCAUGAAAUGUGAUGAAGAAAGGAAACUGUUACCAAUUUGCCACUCAUCACCAGACCUGAGAGAUUUUGGCGACAUAUCACCAAAACCAUUUAAGGCUAAACCAGUACCAAAAAAUUUGUUCAGUAAUUAUAUCUACAAAAGAAUGAGAGAAGAUGAAUACUACAGAGCUCUCAAAAAGAAGGUACGAGCCGAAGAAUUGUUGAGAUCUUCUUCCUUACCCCCCUCUAUGGCAGCCAGAGAGAGGCUGUCCAAAGCUAAAGCACUGUCAGCUGAAGUUCUGAACAGUGAUUCAGACAGGCCAAAGAGAAGAAAACACAAAAUCCCGAACUAUAAGAAAAAUCACGAAGAAAUCCAAAAACAGUUGGAAGACAGAUGGAAUGACAAUAUCACAACUAGUCCAGAACCAUUCACACUGAAAACUGCAGAGCUGCACAAAAGAAAGGUAUAUCAACCUGUGAUGUUUCAGUUUCAUUCUGAAUCGAUUAAGGGGGUGGGAAUUAAAUUACAUCAUUAUUUUCAAUCUACAGUUCAUCCCCUUUCUACAAUUCAGCCCUCGAGCCAUCUUUCACCUUGCAUGAAACCUAGUUCCUUGUUUAAUACACCCUUAUGACAGUCACUUGGUUUCAUGAAGUGAGCUUCCAAUGACAUAAUCUCCAUCCAGCUGGAACCUCAGUCACAGAGGAUUUGUAAGGCCAUUUUUCCUCUUUCAUGACACCUUCUGUAGCUGGUUCUGUUUACCACUCACAUUUUCAACAGAUGUCCCUUCAAAUGACAGUGUCCUACUGAAGUCCUGUCAUGUUUCAACCAGUUCCUGUUCAGCUCCAAUAGUUUCCUAAUUCUUUUAACAGAGGGCUCCAGAAUGAAACCUUUGGCAAAUCUCUGCCUAGGUGUGAACUGCCAAUAUUCUUGGUGUCUCAUGUUCUUCCAGUCACUGAUGACUUGCAUAGUGACUCCUCCUGAUAUAAGGCAUCUUCUGAUGUCAAACUGAGUUUCAUCACAGUCCAGUAUGCAGCACUGGUGCUUCAUAUUUUUGAAGUCACAGGUUUCCCAGAAACAGGCUACACUGGAUGAGGUUCUUCAUUUUAUUCUUCAGUCUCUUUAAGUGAAAUUCUGGUACAAUAUCUUAAAUUAGACUGUGACUAUAACCUUCCACAUCCCUUGCAAUUCAUCAUACAUUAUUGUACCAUCAUUCAACACUAUAUAGUCUGAGCUACUGACACCAUGGUUAAAUAAACCAUAAAUAAGUAACAUAACCAUUCUGAGAACAAGAGGUAAUCUCAUGCCGUGACACGAGUUAACCCAUUUACCAACUUGUGAUGACCAAGGGAACUCACAAUGCUCCUUGGUUUUCAGAAUGAAAUGUAGGGCUGCUGCAUAAUCGAAAAUGAAACUCAUACAUUGCUGCUACCACUCAGUUUAGAAUCUCUUUCCUUCCUGCUUCUUGCCUGAAAAUGUAAAGAAUAAGUUAUAUUAAAGUGUAAAAAACUAUCAUUUUCCUGUUGUCUUAUAUGGGUAGAAUAAUAUAGAGGGUGUAUAAGAAAAGGAAAUGAAGGUGACUGUUUGGACCUCAAAGAGAGGCAGAAAUAGGAGGAUUGAAACAACUGCACAAUGUGAAUAAUUUAUUCUUUUCAUACAAAUAAUAUUACAAUGAUCAAAUCGACUGGCUAUAUAGUAUAUUUAGUGAAUUAGUUUCUGUUGCAUUCAGUGUUGGUUUCUUUUGAAAUUUAUUACCUGUUUAUUUAUUUCAGCCAGCAAAAUGUACCUCUCCAGAUGAGAGGUCCAGUGUAUCUCCAUAUGAGGUAUAUCCUUCUCCGGCUUCUGAGAGGCGUGUCCGACCUCAGACAGCCUUAGGCAUCCCACUCAGUAGAAAUAACUUGGCUUCUGUUCUAAGGAUUCAGUCUUCAAGGUACUGAAUCAGUAACUUAUACCUACUUAAAGCUUAAUAUUUUCAAUUACAGUUUCAUCAGUUCAAAUUAGAUGAGAUCAUAUUAUAUUUCACAACUUCCUAGAACUAUAAAUUAAUAUUAUACAAUUCAUGAUCUAUUUCUAUGUAUAAUUUGCACUAGUUCCUAUUCUGCACUUAAAGUUGUCACAACAUCAAAGUUGUGUAGUGCUGUUAUAAUUUGUAAUUUGCAACACAUAAAAGAUAUUUUCAUAUAGACUUUGUAGGUAAAUUUGUCCUUACAAUGCUAAAUGCUGAAUGCUAAAUAUUGAUUUUUAAUGGCCAUCAUUUUGUUGUUUUACACGAUACAAAAGUAUUAACAUGGUAAAAGUUCUUUUUUAAUCCUUAACCACACAAAAUGUCAGAACUCUCAUGCUAAGUGGCUUUAGUGUCAUUUCCACCUCCAAAGUUCACAUGGCCACUAUAUUAGUAUCACUGGUAGAAAAUGAGAAGGCUGGUCUUAUAAACAUUAAUGAACUUUUGGGUGCCAUAUAAUGCAGGGAAUUUCUUGACUAGCUGAGUGACUAAUAAUAUCUCAUGGAGUACUCUGGUCAGUGGAGAUAUUUGGUUAGAAAAUUGAAAGUACAAAAGCGGGAUGAUUUCAUUGUGCUGUGAUGCUGAUACCAGGUUUUUGAAAAUAUGUUGAUUUGGAAAUUGCUGGGUUGGGACACACAUAUAUGGAUUCAGGGGCAUGAUAAUACCUUAUAAUGUGAUGAAAGCAGGGGACAGUUAGAUUAAAAUGGAAUGUACUUUCGAAUAUCAAAAUGCCUGAUCACCAUACUUCCACAGACACGCAACUUUAGAAUUGUCCUGUAUUUGUGGAUAUUAUAUCUCAAGAGUAUGCUCUUCUGGGUUGUAGGUCUGUGUAGUCUAGAGACAAUUCAAUAUAUCAGAGGAACAUACCAUUUCAGGGUCAAUGAAUGAGCCAAGCAAGAAACCAGCAGAAGCAGGCAGAAAACUGAGCUCAGCUGGUUUCUUGCUUGGCUCACUCUUUGAUCUUGAAAAUGGAUAUAAUAUGUUCUUCUAAACCAUCAGGCUGUCUCCAAACUACAGAGAAGGCAAUACUCUGCUUAGCUGCUGCCCUGAGAACCUCAAAUCUAAUCAUCAUAUAUCUCCAUUGUUGUGGGAUUUAGGCAGCGCA